UCCUCCCUCCUCUUCUCGUGCUGGAGUUUUAGCGUGGGCGAGACGAGGCAGGAGGAGCUGGAAAGCGCGCACGCCGGGGGUGGGUGGGCUGUUUAGAACAGAAUUUCUUCCCCCCUUUCCAGGCUUCCACGAAAGGGAGCUUGUGCUGGGUGGCUGAGCUGCCGUUGGGCAAAGGUGCGUCGCCGCUCCCCCCCAUCCCCACGGAAGCGGGUGGGGCCGGCGUCUGCCAUGGCCACCUGCUGGGUAGAUUUGUCCCAGAGCGCAGCGCGUUGGGGACCGGCCGGGCACCUGUGGGGACCAGCUGGGCGCACCUGAGCUGGAGCGAGCUGUGCGCCCCCCUCCCUCACUCCCCCGCUGCUGUCCCUCGGAAAAGGGAGGUUUUAUGCGGAGGUUGCUGGAGACCCCCUGGGGGGCCGGCGCGGGUUCUCUUUCUUUCUCCCCCUCGGGUGAGAGAUCCGGGGCGGCGGAGAAAAGAAGGCAAGGAGAGACGCGGAGAAAGAGGGGGAAGCACGACGGAAGGGAGGACUGAGGAGGCGGCGGGAUCCAGACCUGUAGGAGCAGCAGAGCCGCCUGCCUGGAAGGGAGAAGAUGCCAUUCCACCAUGUCACGGCUGGGCUGUUGUACAAGGGGAACUAUCUGAACCGGUCACUCUCAGCUGGCAGUGACAGUGAGCAGUUGGCCAACAUCUCAGUGGAAGAGUUGGAUGAAAUCCGCGAAGCUUUCCGAGUACUGGAUCGCGAUGGCAAUGGCUUCAUUUCCAAACAAGAGCUGGGGAUGGCGAUGCGCUCCUUGGGAUACAUGCCUAGCGAGGUGGAACUGGCAAUUAUCAUGCAGCGCCUUGACAUGGAUGGGGAUGGUCAAGUUGAUUUUGAUGAAUUCAUGACAAUCCUCGGACCAAAACUGGUGUCAUCAGAAGGACGGGAUGGUUUUCUGGGGAAUACAAUUGACAGCAUAUUCUGGCAGUUUGACAUGCAGCGGAUAACUCUGGAGGAGCUGAAACAUAUACUGUACCAUGCGUUCCAGGACCACUUAACAAUGAAAGAUAUUGAAAACAUCAUCAUCACCGAGGAAGAGAGCUUAAAUGAGAACUCUGGCAACUGUCAAACAGAAUUUGAAGUGCAUUCUCAAAAACAAAACCGACAGACUUGUGUACGGAAAAGCUUAAUAUGCGCUUUUGCUAUGGCCUUUAUUAUCAGUGUCAUGUUGAUUGCAGCCAACCAGAUCCUCCGAAGUGGCAUGGAGUAGCCAUAUAACACUGUGAAACAAAAAAAACGAUCCACGCAUGCGCAUGCUGUCCGGUGAACUUUCUCCCUGAUCAACUUUAAAAACAAAUGGGAAAAAAGGAGGAGAGAUCGCACGGGUGACGGAAUGGCGGAUGGAUAAGGACAGACGGUUCGAUAGAGAACCCCAGGCCAGCGGCGUACCUGUAAAUCAACUAUAUCCUCUUGGCAGGGGCAUAAAAGGGCUGUCUUAAUGCUUUAAUGGUUUUUGUUUCCUAACGCAAUAAAAAAACAACCCAGAA